UGUGCUUACGCCAUUCUGAAAGCUCAAAGCAACAUUAAAUGAAUUUCUUGAGAUAAUUGAUAGUUUUUUACAAAUAAGAAAUAAGUUUGAAAAGUGAUUCUGGCAUAAUGUAAAUGCAAAGAAGGUUAAAAAUCAAUUUAGAAAAAAUUUGCGUCGUCUUAAAAACUUGUAUUUAAACUGAAAUACAAAAUCACUAAAUGUUGAAUUUUAUCAUAUUUUGUGAAAAGUUUGAAUCAAAGAAGAAUAACCAAAAAUGUCUUUAACAGUAGUAAAAUAUCGGAAAGUAGCAAACGGGGAAACGACGUUGAAGCCAGCGAUAUUAAUUAAAAGCAAAUUGCAUUCACAAUCGCCGACAGGAAGCAGUAAUAGUCAAAAUGAUCAGGGAAAAAUGCUACAACAAGGAACAAACAAGAAACCUAUUAUUAAACUACAAGGAAGCUCCGGCUUGGUAAUUAAUAAAAUACCAGCCAUUAUUAAACCAGCUACGAUGAAACGUUCAAACGCUGUGACGAUAGAACCCUCCAUCAAAUCCACAAAAUAUUCGUUACAAACCAUUGCUUCAGCUGGCACACCAUUAACAAGUUUCCAAUGGCAACAAACCGUCGGUAAUGUGGGCGGUAGCAGUACGAAUUUGCCUAAUCCAAUGAAAAAGGCACAACUGGGAGCUGCUAUAAGUUCUUUACCACCGAAUACUAUAAUAAAACCAGCAGAUGCAGCUUUAACGUCUGGAGCCAACUCCGUUGGAAGUCAUUCAUCACUAAAUGCGACGACUCUGCAAGUGAGGCGUCCGACUAUUUACAUAAAACGUGACGUACCUAAACGAACUGUUCGUACGGUGACUUUGGAGCUAAUUGAAAAAAAUCCUUAUAUACAUUUGGGUGUUCAUGCUAGCCGACUACCUGUCCUUAAAAAUGUUGUUUGCCCAACGGCAAAUGUUAGUUUGGUUAAUUGCUAUUUAACCCUUAAAAAGUUACGUCAAAAUGAGGAUUUCUCUUUGCUGGCCGAAUAUUUUGAAAUGUCCGAAAUAGAGGUGCAACAAAUUUUUGCACGUAGUGUUGUAAAAUUGGCGAAAUAUUUGCGGUUUUUAAUACGUUGGUCGGACAGCAAGAAGUAUUAUGAUCGCCAUAAAAGUCUUCCUUUUGCGUACCGCCAGAAUCUCUCAUAUGUACAAUCUUUAAUUGACUGCGUAGAAACGGAAAUGGCGCCUUUGUCAUUGCAGAUUGAUUGCAAUGUUUAUAAAUACAUACUGUGCAUCAAUAUGAAUGGUAUUAUAUCUUUCAUAUCUGAAGCCUACGUCGGUCACCACGAUGAUUUAACCAUAUUUAAAGCUUCAAAUUUUAUAAAUAUUAUACCCAAGUAUUUGUCAUUGGUUGCUGAUCCUGGCAAGGCGAUACGACGAAAACGCAAAUUGAAAACUAUUCGCUCAAAGGCUGUUGCGAAGAUUGCAGGUGAAACAGAUUCUACUACUGACUCAGCAGAUGAGUCUGCGGAUGGUUUAAUACCAUCUGAUGACAACGACGACGGUCGAGUUAUAACAAAAUAUACAGCUUCGCGGGUGGCGGGCGAAUUGGCCUCGCACCAAAGUCUAAAAAUUGUAAACAAUGAAUUGGUAACGAAGCGUGUGCGAAAUUUUAGCAUUCCUACGAUGCGUGUUCGGGAAUCAAUAUGUCGAUCGCAAAUACGCCAUAUGGUUAAUUGCCUGCGUGAAUUUAAAGUACUUCAGCCAUUGGCGAUACAGGAUCCAAUAUUGUAUCAAUACCUCAGUGAGAUUUUGAUUGUGUGCGGUGCUCUCACUAAUCUACAAAAGUAGACUAAAGAACUUGCUUUGUGUGUACUUUUGCAAGCACCCUGAAGAAGCCACAACAUUAUCUUUUUAUUUUCUUCAUUACCCAGGAGAAAUUUAGUCAUAGAGGAUUUUGAUAUAUAUAUAUUUAUUUAUAUACGAUUUUCUCUUAUCGUACUCUUUGCAAUGGAACGUUGCAUAUUCUAUUUAUUUUCUAUCG